AUGAACUUGGAAUAUAUUUUUGAUGAACCAUGUCAAAAAAAACCUUCUCAUGUUCCACUUGAAUGGAAACAUGUUGGUGUUGCUUCAACUUUUAUAAUGAUAAAUGUUGCACUUAUAUUUCUUGGAACAAAUGAAGUUGUUUUUAAUAAAAGUAAAAAAAGACAUUCAGGAAUGUUUGGAUCAGUUCUUAUAUCAUUGUCAUUGAGUACGCUAUUUAUUGGUGUGAUUGGUUCAAGGUUUGCAAUGAAUCAAAAGCCAUUUUGGGAUCCUCAAAUAUUUAUUCCAACAAUGGGAAUGAUUCUUGGAAAUACAAUGUCUGCUAUUGCUGUUGGUAUAUCAUAUGCUUUGGCACAAUUUGGUGAACAAAAGGAUAAAAUUGAAAUGAGUUUAUCGUUUGGUGCUACUAGAUGGGAGGCUGGUCGCCCUGUUGCAGAUGCUGUUAAAUAUCAACAAAUUAUCAUGUUUAUGAUAUCUGCUUCAACAGCACUUGGUGUACUUUUUUCAACAUUUGUCUGUGUAUUCACAUGUAUUGAUGAUCACCAUCGUUUACGUACAGAAAGAAUAUCAAAUGCAAAGCCAUGGAUUUAUGCACAAAAAGAUAAAUUCUUUGAAAAAACUAAAAAUUUAUUAAUUGAUUUAAAAAAUAAAUUAUUUUGUUGUGCCAUUCAAAGGAAUAGUCUUUCUUCUGAUGAUGAUCAUUAUGAUUUAAAUAAUGGCGAGAAUUUGAGUUUAUUAGAUAGUCGUCAUAAUCAUAACUCAUGA